CAAGAACAAAGGUUCCAUGAUACGAACGAGGGAGAAAAUAAUGCAAAAGGGAACGAAAAGAAGAGCUCUGAGUAAGUGGUCUACGUCAUAUUGACUUGCGAGCAACCACGGCUCGCGUCGUCGGUUGCAUAAUAAAGCUUCUGGAGGAGGAGUACUAGUUUACCACGCAGUUUGCCAGAGAUAGCGAGGGAGAGGAGGGGAGGGGAGGGAGGAGGCGGUGGCGGCGGCGGCCCGCCAUCACUGUGCCCUGCGCUGCUGAUCCGGAGGACGGAGGAGAGGAAAGUCGCAAGCUUCGUCAAUGGCGACCCCCACCACCUACUCGGUCCGCGUCUCCUCGGAGACCCACAAGGUCGAGGAAUGGCUGACGUCUGACGAAGCUCUGGCCUGGCAGCUGCAGGAGGAGGAGAACACGCGCGUCGCCGCUGCCGACACCAGAGAAUUCGCCGGUAACGUGUCCUUGGAGCCAUCGUCACCGGCUGUUGAGUACAGGCCUGAACAGAAUGCAGCUCAGGUGGCGCGGGAAGACAAUGUUGACCCUGACAAUAUGUCUUACGAGCAACUACAAGCAUUAGGGGAAGCAGUAGGAACUCAGUCCAGAGGGUUAUCUGAUGACCUGAUAGCUUACUUGGAGCCAUUUAGGCACAAGUGCACCUUUUUCUCGAGGAAGAAGAACAAUGAAGAAUGUGUGAUCUGCAAAACGACCUAUAAAAGCCGGCAGAAGAUGAUAAGACUACCCUGCAGCCAUUGUUAUCAUGCAAACUGCAUAACUCGGUGGCUUAAGAUCAACAAGGCGUGCCCAGUCUGCAACGAGGAGGUAUUUGGAUGAACUAAGAGGCUCCCGGCAAAUUCCGCAGCUUCAUGUUGGCAGUUGCACACGUUGGGCCCAUAUGGCCCAGGCCCAUGCUAUGCGAUUAUGUGAGAUGAGACUAGUUGGGAUCCUUUGCUUAUGAAAACUGUUUGCUGGUUUACACGUGCUGCUAGCUGUACCUGGUCUUGUUUGGAAGACGCGUCUAUGAAUCUUCUUAGUUCACAAGUUGAUAAAUGUGUGGGUACAGUACUUCGGUUGCCAGUUUUCUGUCUAUGCAACCAAGGAGGAUUCCUUUUCUUUUGAUAAAGUAAAGCAGGAGUAGUUCGAUAUUAUGGUA